AAAACGUCAACAAAGGAAAUCAUGAUCAACACGUGACUAUCUCACGUGACUCUCUCACGUGACACACAAACACCAAAUCAAACAAAAAAAGUUUUAACACAACAACCAGCUAUCAACCGGCUGAACAACAUGCAACAGACCCGAUCUAUUAUAGAACGCGUACAGUAUACAGUACAACAAAGCUACAAAGGAAAUGAUCGGCACGUGACGGGCUCUACCCACGUGACAUACGGGCAUCCAAUCAGACAAAAAUCCCAAACAUCGAUCAUUCUCUCAUCCAGCAAUCGUCCGAUCAACAUGCCACACACCCGAUGUCACUCCAUACGCCGUCUAACGUUCAUCUUUCGUCAUCGGCGUCUCAUCCUCUUCCUCAUCUCCCUCAUCAUCAUCGUCAGCGGAUUCUUCGCGCCUUCCCUCCUUUUCUCUCGUCUCUCAUCCGCCCAAACAUCAUCAAAUCAGAACGCGCAAUUCGAGGUGAUCGAACUCAAGCCAGGCGCACGAUCCCUCGAACAAGAAGGCGCGAACAUCAUACAGAAUCGCAUCUCGGAGCUUGAGCGACUGCGCACGAGCGUGCGCAACGAACUGCGCAGUCUGGAGCGACGCAGGCAGGACGCACAGCGUCGAACGCAAGCCGAGGUAUCGGCACUCGAGCACGCACGUUCGCAGCGCGAAAAAAUCGCGAAGGAAACGUCGAGGGCGCAGCGAGAGCUUCGAUCGGUGAGAAUGGCGCUGCGGCAGGCGAAUGCGAUCAAUGCGCAAGUCGGUGGAGAUGUCGAGAAGGCUGUAGGGCUGGAAAACGCGGCGGUCGCCGGUCGGGGUGAGCUGAUUGAGGCACUUCCGCCCCGACGAAUUCUACUUCCGGUUGACGUCAUUGAUGUUAACCCCCUCCCGUCUAGUACGUUGUCUGCGGUCUGUCGUAUGAGUGAUUGCUUCGAUUUCUCUCGGUGUUCGCUCACGGCGCCGUUCUCGUUCUACGUUUACUCCAAACGCGAUUCCGGCCAAGAUUCGCUUUAUGACGUCAUAUACGGGCAUUUGACGUCACUUGAAUAUUACACGUCGAAACCGCAGCACGCAUGCGUGUAUGUUGUGAUAUCGACUCGAAGCGAAGGGAAGGAGGACGACGUCGAGACGACGUUGCAUGGAUUGGAGUGGUGGGGAGGAGAUGGUCACAAUCACAUUCUUCUUGAUGUCGCUUCGGCUACCGGAUCGACUCACACGUGGAAUGGCAUCAACAUCGGACGAGCAAUUUUAGCACAAAAUUCAUUUCCAGUACCGAAAAAUUAUCGUUCCAAUUUUGAUAUCAUCAUUCCCCCCUUAGUCCGGGAUGCAUCUCCACCCAUGUGGACCAACCUGCCUAACCAACUUCCUGCGUUUCGUAAGCAUCUCUUGUAUUUUCGAGGCGAAUUCACGCCACGGUCUGACGAUCUACAGUUGAAGACGACGUUCGACGAUCUAAUCAAGCUAAAGGAGAGCGGCCGUGGUGACUUAUUUAUAUCAACGACAUGUGGAGAUGUUGCAGAGAAGAAUCCAUCGCAGGCAAGCGAGUGGGCACUGUGUGGAUCGUCCUCACAACGACUCGCAUCUCUCUCCCAAUCGACGUAUUCUCUUCUAUUCAUGUCGUCCACACAGCGUCACGUUCCCGGUCGCCAACCGUCUAUCUCAUUUCACACCCGACUCGUCGAGGCUCUUCAGAGUGGUGCGAUUCCGGUGAUUCUCGCGGACAACAUUCCACUUCUUUUCGAUGACGUUAUCAACUGGAGUGAAGCCGCGUUGAUAUUUCCAGAGGCUCGAAUCACCGAGUUAAACUUCAUUCUUCGUGCGGUCGCCGAAUCCGACGUUCUUCAUUUACGAUGGCAAGGACGCUUUCUAUGGGAAACAUACUUUAGUACAACGUCACGUAUUAUUGAUACGAUAAUGGCAAACGUGAGGACUCGUAUCGGGUUGCCUCCACCGGCGAUUCCAGAUCCGGUCGUGUCGGGCGUCUUCACUAACGGCAACACGAUUCCGGACACCCUCCAGCCGUUUGACAACGGAGUGCCGAUUCCUCUCGCUAACAUCCACGUCACGUCUCCACAAUUUCAGCACAACUUUUCUACUAGUUUAUAUCAAUUGUGGAACCAGCCACCCGGUGCGCUCAUUGGUAUUACUCCUGUUACUCCGUUUGGUCCGACUCCACCUUCGGGGUUUCAAUACAUUGGCCCCAUGCGAGGGUCUCAUCUUCAUCCGACUGUUCGGCAGGGUGGACCUUUGAAUGGUCCCGAGUUUGAGGUGAUGUUGGCAGGAAAUGUGCCUAAUGAGCAGUUCACGAUCGUGUUGCUGACGUACGAUAGAAAUCAGGUGUUGAUUGCUGCGCUGCAGAGACUGCAGCAUUUGCAGUAUUUACGGAGUGUUGUCGUUGUGUGGAAUAAUCGGGAGAAGCCGCCUGAUUCGAUGCAGUGGCCUGACAUUGGGAUUCCAACACAUGUUGUAAAUCCCUCCAAGAACAGUCUUAAUAAUCGUUUCAUCCCUUUCAAAGAGAUUGAAACAGAAGCAGUCCUGUCUAUGGACGACGAUGCUCACUUACGACAUGACGAGAUCCUCCUAGCAUUUCGAGUCUGGAGAGAAAACAGAGACAGGAUAGUUGGUUUUCCUGGCCGUUUCCAUGCGUGGGAUGCUCGUCAUCCAGGGUCAUGGAAUUAUAAUGCUAACUAUUCGUGUGAGCUGUCGAUGGUCCUCACUGGAGCCGCAUUUCUUCACAAAUAUUAUUUGUACAUGUACACGUACUACAUGCCGAACGUUGUCCGGCUCAAGGUUGAUGAGUAUAUGAAUUGUGAGGACAUUGCAAUGAAUUUCUUGGUGUCACACAUGACUCGUAAACCGCCAGUCAAGGUUACCUCUCGCUGGACAUUUCGAUGCCCUGGGUGUCCAGACACACUUUCUGGCGAUAACACUCACUUUACAGAACGGCACGUCUGCAUCAACUUUUUUGUCCAAGUGUACGGCUACAUGCCUCUUCUCAACACCCAGUUUCGAGCCGAUUCGGUCCUCUUCAAAACACGAAUAUCUCACGACAGAACUAAAUGUUUCAAAUUUAUCUAACACAACAAUACAAUACAGUACAAUACAAUACAAUAUAAUUAGAGAGACUCAGAGUAUGAACGACAUCAAUGCAGACGUGAUGUUUUAUCGGAGGUCAUACAUAUUUGUAUAUUGAUUAAUAUUAAUUGGUUGAUAUAGUUUUCUUCUUUGAAGACAAAAUUGAAAUAAAUGGUUUAGUGUUAGUGAGA